UCCAAGCAAGGCCAAGCAUUUAAGUCUCAAGCGCACAGUAGGAACCUUGAGAUUCUCCAAUCACCAUGGCUAUGUGAGCUGAUGGCCUUUCACACAAAUUCGCAAGAGACAAAGGCCAAAACAAGGAAUGCUCCUGCAUUGUUCAACGGCUGUUCCCUCAUAUGUAAAGAUGAAAAGCCUUCUCUUUCUUGUGAGCUCUUUGAUUCAGUCAAGCUUGAACUGGACUUGACUUGUUCGAUAUGCUUGGCAGGAUCAGUGACCAUAGUGGAUGGAUUAAAGGCAGCUAGUCCCAAGGAAAAGUGCCCCCUUUGCAGAGAGAUUUAACAUCAAGUGAACGAAUUUGUGUCCUGCUCAAUGGAUUAUUCAAGUCUACCAGAAAGUCUUAUAUAUUUGCAUAUCCUUGUCUGGCCAUCAGAAGACUGGUUUUGUACAUUCCAACUGAAUCUUAAGAACUAUCAAACUUCUCACAAUUU